AUGGGCUGCGCAAAUAGCGUUGCCCGGGGGGACGAGGAGGCAUCAACAGCGUUUAAGAAGCAGGAGCCUUCGACGAGCAAGGAUCAGGUGGAGGUCAAAAGUGUCGGUCCCGGUCUACAGGAAACAGUCUUUGCUUCAGAGCUUACUAAGCUCGUAACCGAGGCCACCAGUGGCGCCAAGGCAAAGGACUCGUGGGUAAUACUCUAUAAGUGUGCGGAACUAAUAUGUUCCGCAUUCGGAAUCAAGACUUGCAGCAUCAUCAUAUAUACAAGCUCUGGCCUCAGCUGCAAGCUUGCAUGUAACUCAGGGUCGGUCCUCAAGGACCUGGCCCAGCAGCAUCCCGACCUGCUGCCCGCGGAAACGCUCGGCUUCGUCACCAGCACCCUUGCCAGCCAAAAGCCUGUGUGCGUUCAGUCCGGAGAUGAGCUGUGGAACGUGCUGUCCCGGGAGGCCCACGUGGACUUCCAGCUGCUAACUGGGACCCGUGGGUCAUGUACGGCAUUGGCGGUGCUGCCGCUGUGCUGUGGCGGCCCCAGGUGUCCCGGUGCCGUGCUGCUAGGGCACACGGCCCAGUUGACGGGGGUGCUUCAGCAAAGCUGGCUCACAACGUUGGUGCCCCUGCUGAGUCUGUACGUGGUGGACUCGUACCUGGUUCGCAACCUGGCCAUUAUUGAGAAGCUGUUGGAAGCUGGGUCCCUCAGCAGUCUGGCGUAUGCUGUCACCAGCGAGCUGGGGGAACUGUUCGACUGGUGCUAUAGAGAGGAUGUGGAGGCCCGGCUCGUGGUGCUGGGGCAAGAUGGCGAUACGGCGACGGUCUACUUCAAGGCCCCGCACGGCAGUACGGCAGUGCUUACCAACGAAGAGCGCACCUCCAUGCGCUCGGGGGUAUCCAGCUCGGCUCUGCGGAGUUGCCCCAACGCGCUUCUGCUGGAGGACGGUCUGGUGGGUGUGCACAUGCUGCUGGAGAACACGCUCACCAAGAGGUGUCUGUCCGGGCGGCAGAGGCUGCUGUUCGUGGCAGAUGUGAUGCAGGCCCUGAAACUGUACGGCGAGCCUUGGAAGGACAUCUUUUUCGACAACGCUGUGGUGAUGACGCCGUGUUGGGUUUUGGCAGCUCCCCUGAUGCAGGAGGGGAAGAAGCUCGGGGCGGUGCUGUGGCUAUCGUCGUGCAGAGUCAAUUCAGAGGUGCUCAUGCGUACGGCAUCCACGCGCGCCUCACCGAUCAUACACGCCGUCAGUCGCGCCACCGCCGUACAUCAGCUGCUGGCGGCCGCUGCCGGUGCCGGUGGGAGCGGCGCCCCCGUCGUCAUCGUGGGCAGCAACGGCGGCGGCGGGGGUGGCGGCGAUUCGUUGUACAGCAAUAAGGACACGGCGGCGACGACGGCGCCGCCUCCGCCUGGCGGUUGCGGUGGCGGCGGCGGCGGCGGCAACAGCCAGUACGGCCAUAGCUCCUUUACGCAUCUGAGCAGCAGUCGCCAGAGUUCCACUAUGUCGCGGGGUAGAGCCUUCAGGCCGGGGACGGGGCCUGGGCAUGGCGAGGACAUGCUACCCGGUGGUGGCUCCACCGACCACGAGGGCGUGGUGGUGGACUUGGACGGCAAGGGGGGGGGCCCUGCCGCUGCCAAUGCGGGGGAAGUACCCGUCAGGUACGUGUUGCGUCACUCCCCCUCCACCAGCGCGCUGAUGAGGCUGUACAAGAGCACCAUCGCACAGAGGGCCCCCGCGGCGGACGAGGACCGGGUCGCAGGUUCCAUCCACGAAAUUCGGAUUCUGUCCAAGGCGGGUGAAGGCGCCUUUGGAUCUGUUUAUGUGGGUCGUUGGCGGAAUAUCGUUGUGGCGGUGAAGAUCAUCAAGGACACCUCAGGCACCAGGUCGCUCAAGACAGCCUGGGAGCUGGCCGUCAACAAGUCCUUGUCGCAUCCCUCCAUUGUUACGGAGGUGAUGGAGGAGGUGAAGGAGGUGGAGGAGGAGGAGGCUAGCGGCCCCGCGGCGGUGCUGGGGCUGGGACAAGGGCUGGGGCUGGGGGGAAGUCAGUCGGGCGCGGUGCCGCCGCCGCCGCCGCCGCCGCUACCGCCACCGAGUUUCGGCCGUAUCAGCGCCGGCAGCAACACGGCGACGGCGUCGGUGGCCCUGGGCCCUCUGUCGGCGGCGCUGCUGAAGCCCAGCAAGCCACUGGCACCCAAGGUCCAUACUGGUGUUGAUGCCGCGGGGGGCACCUCCCCCCUGCCCCCCGACCUCCUCCACAUGGACUUCAUUGUGGCCACUCUCAGCGAGGUGGCGGCGGCGCUGCAGUACAUGCAUGCACAGGGCUUCGUGCACUGCGACCUCAAACCGGAAAACGUGCUCCUCAAGGAGGCCAACAACAGGAGGGGCUUCACCGCCAAGUUGGCGGACUUCGGUUUGAGUGAGCUCCGCUCCGCAGACGGGCUGGUGGUCGGUGACCUGGGCGGUACGGUAACCCACGUGGCGCCCGAGUCCGUAAUGUACCGCCAGGUAUCGGCGGCCUCGGACAUGUACGCGUUCGGGAUUUUGAUGUGGGAGCUGUACACCGGGCAGCAGCCGUACCGGACCCUGCUGUCGCACAUCUCCAAGAGGGAGGACCGCCAUCGGGCCCUCCUGGCCCGCGUGGACUACUGGGCUCUGGCAGUCCAGUGCUGGAGUCCGGAGCCCACCUCCCGACCCACCACAGGGGAAGUGCUGGCGGCGCUGGAGGUCAUGUACGGCAAGUACGUCAGUGGAGCUGCUGCUGCUGCUCCUGGUAGCGGUGGUGGUGGUGGUCGUGAGGAUGGAUAA